ACUCCAAUUUUUGAUAGCUUAUUUUUGCUCUAAGUAUAGUUUCAGCCUGGCAAAUUCUAUUAAGACCUUAAUGGGAUUAUGCGAAAUAGGUACAAAAGCCAAAAGCAAAUAUUGACUGAGGAAAAAUAAUCUUAAAUCACUUGAAUUCCCUCCUUUGUGCAAACAUGGUCUUUAUAUAAAUGCACAGAUGCUCACAUGACUCAUGUCUGUGUUACCACUAACUGCAACUGGCGCUGAACCCAUCCCUUCACAGUUAUGCAGUUUCACUCCCAGGAAAUAAUACAUUGAUUUCUUUAUUCAUCAAGCCGUUUCAUUCUGCCUCACGCCUGCCAGUUAAAAGAGAGUUUGGAAACCAAGCCUAGCUUCCUUAUUGGCUCAUAAGGGGCAAGCAUGCCACUCUAUAAACUGUACCUUUCAUUCUUCAAUCAGGAGUGCAAAUGCAAUAAGAGCAACCAAAACCCCUCAAGUUUAUAGAGAGCACGUAGUAGUGUGCUGUACUGCUGAUUCCACCAUCUACACCAGGGUCAAGAUCAAGGUCAGACAUGGCUUUAGGGAGUUCACCAGCACCCCUCCUGCUAGCUGCCCUUGUCCUGGGCAUCUUUGCUGAUUUCUAUGAAUCUCAAGAAUUGCGAUGUCAGUGUAUUCAGAUAUAUUCCAAUUUUAUUUCUCCAAAAUUGAUUAAAAAUGUCCAGAUGAUACCUUCAGGUCCUUACUGCAGCACAAAAGAAGUCAUGGUAUGUCUUAUCAGGAAUCUGGACCGGGAAGCAGAGCUUGGACUGGAACCCAGGCACUCCAAUCUGGAACGUGGACAUCUCAAGCAGCAGCCUAACUUCUGUAUCAAGUGCCAGCCACUGCAAUGCCACUUCUGCCAUAAAUUGGAUUCCCCUAGUGACAUUGAAAGAUGGGAGAUUAAUUUGUUUGGAUCCUGAGGCUGAAUGGGUGAUGACGCUUAUCAAAAACACUGGGGACAGGGCACCCAACUGAUGGCACACAAAGGACAUCACAUCCAGUGGAUAACAAGCACCCGUUGUUAGCAUGGUGAACAGGGACAUCCUCCAGAGUGUUCUCUGGGUGUGGCACCACUUUUGUGCUAAUUUAGAACUAGAGUGAACUGCUUUCUCUACUCCUUCUGGAAACCUAUACACUGUUUUUAGGUAGAGGGUUGGCCACUUGUGAGAGGAUUAGUGGAAAGUGAG